GAUUGAAGACGAUGCUACACUUUUGUCGUUUUUAUAGAUUUUUUUUCCAUGUAAAACUAUCUUUGCUUGUAACCUUUUAAAAGUAUCUCCUAUAAGUUACCAAAAGUAUUCAUUAACCUUUUGUUCCAACUGUUGCUUGUUUAACUCACCUGUAAACGUUUUCCACUCAUUAAAUUUUUCUUUUGCGCUACGAUGUCACAGCUAUGUUCACUACAGUUCUGUCCACACAUCACACUUCCCUUUUGCAUCCUCAAACUAGAUACUACUCAUGGCAUGUGUUUUCCUCCGCGUGACACACUCUUGAAGGAAUCGAAAGGCCAAAAUCAAAACUUUCUUCAAUGAACACCGUAUUCCUCAUACCCUCUAUCCUUCUCCUUCUCCUUCUCACACCCUUCUCACUUUCAUUCUCUCCCACAGAUAACUUCCUUCUCAGUUGUGGAUCACACAACAAUGCUUCCCUCUUCAACAGAGUCUUCACGGGCGAUUCCACCAACCCAGGUUCCAAUUUUCUCUCUUCAGGUGAUUCUGUUUCACUCGCAUAUCAAAAGCCACCUCAGAAUUUGCCCACUUUGUACCAUACAGCAAGAGUUUUCAGCAGCAGUGGGAGCUACAGGUUCAAUAUGAAGAAAAACGGCACCCACUUUGUUCGUUUUCAUUUCUCCCCCUUCAAGGCUCAAAGUUUUGAUCUAAAAUCAGCAAACUUUAGUGUCUUUGUUAAUGGGGCUUCGGUGCUGAGCAAUUUCCAGCCACCUAAUGAUGUGCUUCUCAAAGAGUUCAUUCUAAACAUAGAGUCAAACUUUCUUGAGAUUUUGUUUAGGCCUGUUGGUGACUCAGGUUUUGCCUUUGUCAAUGCUUUGGAGGUGUUUACUGCCCCUGCGGAUUUUGUCAUAGAUUUUGGAGGCAGGGCGGUUGGUCCUUCUGGGGUGGAAGAGUACCGAAACCUUUCAUCUAAGGUUUUGGAAACUGUUCAUAGGAUCAAUGUUGGGGGUUUGAAAAUAACUCCUUUCAAUGACACCCUUUGGAGGACUUGGAUUCCUGAUGAGGAUUAUUUGGUGUUUAAGGGUGCAGCAAAGCCUGCAGUGAGCACUCACAUACCAAAUUACCAGAAGGGAGGUGCAACUAGAGAGAUUGCACCUGAAAAUGUUUACAUGACUGCUCAGCAGAUGAAUAGGGAAAACUCAAGUUUGGCUUCUAGGUUCAACAUAACCUGGAACUUUCCUGUGUCUCCUGGUGGUGUUCCACACUUGGUUCGAUUGCAUUUCUGCGAUAUUGUUAGUCCUGCUCUCAACUUGCUCUACUUUGAUGUGUACAUAAAUGGGUACAUUGCAUACAAGGAUCUUGAUUUGUCAGCGCUUACCAUCCACGCGCUUGCAUCACCUGUCUAUGUGGAUUUUGUUACAAAUUCAGAUGACUCGGGUUUUGUUCAAGUGAGUGUUGGUCCUUCUGAGCUAAGCAGUUCCAUAAGGAUGAAUGCCAUAUUGAAUGGUGCAGAGAUAAUGGAGAUGCUCAAUGAUGUCAGUACUAAAGUUGUGCAUAGGAAGAAGAAUUUGUGGGUGUUGGUGGGUUCAGUUGUUGGAGGAAUUGUUGUCUUUUUUUUAGUUGUAACUGCUUUUCUACUUGGUACCAAAUGCAGGAACAAGAAACCAAAACCAAGGACAUUGGAAAGUGUUGGAUGGACACCUUUAAGCAUGUUUGGAGGGAGUUCCCUCAGUAGAAGCUCCGAGCCUGGUUCACAUGGACUUCUUGGCUUGAAGAUCCCUUUUGCUGAAAUAAAAUCAGCAACAAACAACUUCGAUAGAAAUUUGAUUAUAGGGUCUGGUGGGUUUGGUAUGGUCUACAAAGGAGUGUUCAGAGACAAUACGAAGGUUGCUGUCAAGAGAGGCAUGCCAGGGUCCAGACAAGGCCUUCCCGAGUUCCAAACUGAGAUAACUGUUUUGUCCAAAAUUCGCCAUCGCCACCUUGUUUCACUGGUUGGUUUCUGUGAAGAAAAUUCAGAAAUGAUACUUGUCUAUGAGUAUGUUGAAAAGGGUCCGCUGAAGAAGCAUUUAUAUGGCUCAUCACGACAAACACCUCUCUCUUGGAAGCAGCGUCUUGAAAUAUGCAUUGGUGCAGCCAGAGGUCUUCACUAUCUUCACACUGGCUUUGCUCAAGGAAUCAUCCACCGUGACAUUAAAUCAACCAACAUAUUGCUUGAUGAAGACUAUGUGGCCAAGGUUGCUGACUUUGGUCUUUCAAGGUCAGGACCGUGCAUCGAUGAAACACAUGUGAGUACUAAUGUGAAAGGUAGUUUUGGUUAUCUUGAUCCUGAGUAUUACCGGAGACAGCAGCUUACGGAUAAGUCAGAUGUUUAUUCAUUUGGUGUAGUGCUUUUUGAGGUUCUUUGUGGCAGACCUGCUGUUGAUCCACAAUUAGCUAGAGAACAGGUCAAUUUGGCAGAAUGGGCACUUGAGUGGCUGAAGAAAGGCAUGCUGGACAAAAUUGUUGACCCCCAUCUUGUUGGACAAAUCCAACAAGACUCCUUAAAAAAAUUUUGUGAAACUGCAGAGAAAUGUUUGUCUGAGUAUGGAGUUGAUAGACCAGCUAUGGGUGAUGUCUUAUGGAAUUUGGAGUAUGCACUUCAGCUCCAAGAAAGUGGACAACAAAGGGAGCCACAUGCCAACAGCAGUGCUAGUGAAGCUGCAAGUUUGACCAGUACAGUUAUUCCUGGAAAUCCUUCUACCAACACAAGAGCAGAGAGGGAUUAUGAUAAUUUUUCUUCUGAUGUUAGUACUAGCCAAGUGUUUUCCCAGCUAAUGAACAAUGAAGGUAGAUAGGUGUAUGGUGCAAAUAUAAGCAAGAGGUAUUAUAGCAGUACCCUAAGGUUGCAUACUUUUUUUUUCUGUCAAGUUUUCUUUUGAAAGAAAUUGCACCGAAACCAUGAUUAGCAUGAUUUAUUCAUGGAAGGCUCCUUAUAUAGCACUAGUUCAUUGAUACUUUCUUAC